AUAUCCCAGUGGCCCCCGCGCGGCGACUUCAGCUGCCGCCUCAGCCCCUCCACAGCGACGGCAGCGGCGGCGGCUGAGUCGGUGGCGGCGGCGGCGGCUGCGGGCUGAGCGGCGAGUUUCCGAUUUAAAGCUGAGCUGCGAGGAAAAUGGCGGCGGGAGGAUCAAAAUACUUGCUGGACGGUGGACUCAGAGACCAAUAAAAAUAAACUGCUUGGACAUCCUUUGACGGGUUAGCCAGUUGCUGAUGUAUAUUCAAGAUGAGUGGAUUAGGAGAAAACUUGGAUCCACUGGCCACUGAUUCACGAAAACACAAAUUGCCAUGUGAUGCUCCAGGACAAGGUCUUACCUGCAGUGGUGAAAAGCGGAGACGGGAGCAGGAAAGUAAAUAUAUUGAAGAAUUGGCUGAGCUGAUAUCUGCCAAUCUUAGUGAUAUUGACAAUUUCAAUGUCAAACCAGAUAAAUGUGCGAUUUUGAAGGAAACAGUAAGACAGAUACGUCAAAUAAAAGAACAAGGAAAAACUAUUUCCAAUGAUGAUGAUGUUCAAAAAGCCGAUGUAUCUUCUACAGGGCAGGGAGUUAUUGAUAAAGACUCCUUAGGACCGCUUUUACUUCAGGCAUUGGAUGGUUUCCUAUUUGUGGUGAAUCGAGAUGGAAACAUUGUAUUUGUGUCAGAAAAUGUCACACAAUACCUGCAAUAUAAGCAAGAGGACCUGGUUAACACAAGUGUUUACAAUAUCUUACAUGAAGAAGACAGAAAGGAUUUUCUUAAAAAUUUACCAAAAUCUACAGUUAAUGGAGUUUCCUGGACAAAUGAGACCCAGAGACAAAAAAGCCAUACAUUUAAUUGCCGUAUGUUGAUGAAAACACCACAUGAUAUUCUGGAAGACAUAAACGCCAGUCCUGAAAUGCGCCAGAGAUAUGAAACAAUGCAGUGCUUUGCCCUGUCUCAGCCACGAGCUAUGAUGGAGGAAGGGGAAGAUUUGCAAUCUUGUAUGAUCUGUGUGGCACGCCGCAUUACUACAGGUGAAAGAGCAUUUCCAUCAAACCCUGAGAGCUUUAUUACCAGACAUGAUCUUUCAGGGAAGGUUGUCAAUAUAGAUACAAAUUCACUAAGAUCCUCCAUGAGGCCUGGCUUUGAAGAUAUAAUCCGAAGGUGUAUUCAGAGAUUUUUUAGUCUAAAUGAUGGGCAGUCAUGGUCCCAGAAACGUCACUAUCAAGAAGCUUAUCUUAAUGGCCAUGCAGAAACCCCAGUAUAUCGAUUCUCGUUGGCUGAUGGAACUAUAGUGACUGCACAGACAAAAAGCAAACUCUUCCGAAAUCCUGUAACAAAUGAUCGACAUGGCUUUGUCUCAACCCACUUUCUUCAGAGAGAACAGAAUGGAUAUAGACCAAACCCAAAUCCUGUUGGACAAGGGAUUAGACCACCUAUGGCUGGAUGCAACAGUUCAGUAGGCAGCAUGAGUAUGUCGCCAAACCAAGGCUUACAGAUGCCGAGCAGCAGGGCCUAUGGCUUGGCAGACCCUAGCACCACAGGGCAGAUGAGUGGAGCUAGGUAUGGGGGUUCCAGUAACAUAGCCUCAUUGACCCCUGGGCCAGGCAUGCAAUCACCAUCUUCCUACCAGAACAACAACUAUGGGCUCAGCAUGAGUAGCCCCCCACAUGGAAGUCCUGGUCUUGCCCCAAACCAGCAGAAUAUCAUGAUUUCUCCUCGUAAUCGUGGGAGUCCAAAGAUAGCCUCACAUCAGUUUUCUCCUGUUGCAGGUGUGCACUCUCCCAUGGGAUCUUCUGGCAAUAGUGGGAACCACAGCUUUUCCAGCAGCUCUCUCAGUGCCCUGCAAGCCAUCAGUGAGGGUGUAGGGACUUCUCUUUUAUCUACUCUGUCAUCACCAGGCCCCAAAUUGGAUAACUCUCCCAAUAUGAAUAUAACCCAACCAAGUAAAGUAAGCAAUCAGGAUUCCAAGAGUCCGCUGGGCUUUUAUUGCGACCAAAAUCCAGUGGAGAGUUCAAUGUGUCAGUCAAAUAGCAGAGAUCACCUCAGUGACAAAGAAAGUAAGGAGAGCAGUGUUGAGGGGUCAGAGAAUCAAAGGGGUCCUUUGGAAAGCAAAGGUCACAAAAAAUUACUGCAGUUACUUACCUGUUCUUCUGAUGACCGGGGUCAUUCCUCCUUGACCAACUCCCCGCUAGAUUCAAGUUGUAAAGAAUCUUCUGUUAGUGUCACCAGCCCCUCUGGAGUCUCCUCCUCUACAUCUGGAGGAGUAUCCUCUACAUCCAAUAUGCAUGGGUCACUGUUACAAGAGAAGCACCGGAUUUUGCACAAGUUGCUGCAGAAUGGGAAUUCACCAGCUGAAGUAGCCAAGAUUACUGCAGAAGCCACUGGGAAAGACACCAGCAGUAUAACUUCUUGUGGGGACGGAAAUGUUGUCAAGCAGGAGCAGCUAAGUCCUAAGAAGAAGGAGAAUAAUGCACUUCUUAGAUACCUGCUGGACAGGGAUGAUCCUAGUGAUGCACUCUCUAAAGAACUACAGCCCCAAGUGGAAGGAGUGGAUAAUAAAAUAAGUCAGUGCACCAGCUCCACCAUUCCUAGCUCAAGUCAAGAGAAAGACCCUAAAAUUAAGACAGAGACAAGUGAAGAGGGAUCUGGAGACUUGGAUAAUCUAGAUGCUAUUCUUGGUGAUCUGACUAGUUCUGACUUUUACAAUAAUUCCAUAUCCUCAAAUGGUAGUCAUCUGGGGACUAAGCAACAGGUGUUUCAAGGAACUAAUUCUGUGGGUUUGAAAAGUCCACAGUCUGUGCAGUCUAUUCGUCCUCCAUAUAACCGAGCAGUGUCUCUGGAUAGUCCUGUUUCUGUUGGCUCAAGUCCUCCAGUGAAAAAUAUCAGUGCUUUCCCCAUGUUACCAAAGCAACCCAUGUUGGGUGGGAAUCCAAGAAUGAUGGAUAGUCAGGAAAAUUAUGGCUCAAGUAUGGGUGGACCAAACAGAAAUGUGACUGUGACUCAGACUCCUUCCUCAGGAGACUGGGGCUUACCAAACUCAAAGGCCAGCAGAAUGGAACCUAUGAAUUCAAACUCCAUGGGAAGACCAGGAGGAGAUUAUAAUACUUCUUUACCCAGACCUGCAGUGGGUGGCUCUAUGCCCACGUUGCCUCUUCGGUCUAAUAGCAUACCAGGUGCAAGACCACUAUUGCAGCCGCAGCAACAGCAACAGAUGCUUCAAAUGAGGCCUGGUGAACUCCCCAUGGGAAUGGGGGCUAAUCCCUAUGGCCAAGCAGCAGCAUCUAACCAACUGGGUUCCUGGCCCGAUGGCAUGUUGUCAAUAGAACAAGUUCCUCAUGGCACUCAAAAUAGGCCCCUUCUUAGGAAUUCCCUGGAUGAUCUUGUCGGGCCACCUUCCAACCUGGAAGGCCAGAGUGAUGAAAGAGCAUUAUUGGACCAGCUGCACACUCUUCUCAGCAACACAGAUGCCACAGGCCUGGAAGAAAUUGACAGAGCUUUGGGAAUCCCUGAACUUGUCAAUCAGGGACAGGCAUUAGAACCCAAACAGGAUGCUUUCCAAGGCCAAGAAGCAGCAGUAAUGAUGGAUCAGAAGGCAGGAUUAUAUGGACAGACAUACCCAGCACAGGGGCCUCCAAUGCAAGGAGGCUUUCAUCUUCAGGGACAAUCACCAUCUUUUAACUCUAUGAUGAAUCAGAUGAACCAGCAAGGCAAUUUUCCUCUCCAAGGAAUGCACCCGCGAGCCAACAUCAUGAGACCCCGGACAAACACCCCCAAGCAACUUAGAAUGCAGCUUCAGCAGAGGCUGCAGGGCCAGCAGUUUUUGAAUCAGAGCAGACAGGCACUUGAAUUGAAAAUGGAAAACCCUACUGCUGGUGGUGCUGCCAUGAUGAGGCCUAUGAUGCAGCCCCAGCAGGGUUUUCUUAAUGCUCAAAUGGUCGCCCAACGCAGCAGAGAGCUGCUAAGUCAUCACUUCCGACAACAGAGGGUGGCUAUGAUGAUGCAGCAGCAGCAGCAGCAGCAGCAACAACAGCAACAGCAGCAGCAGCAGCAGCAGCAGCAGCAGCAGCAGCAGCAGCAGCAGCAAACCCAGGCCUUCAGCCCACCUCCUAAUGUGACUGCUUCCCCCAGCAUGGAUGGGCUUUUGGCGGGACCUGCAAUGCCACAAGCUCCGCCGCAACAGUUUCCAUAUCAACCAAAUUAUGGAAUGGGACAACAACCAGAUCCAGCCUUUGGUCGAGUGUCUAGUCCUCCCAGUGCAAUGAUAUCGUCAAGAAUGGGUCCCUCCCAGAAUCCCAUGAUGCAACACCCCCAGGCUGCAUCCAUCUAUCAGUCCUCAGAAAUGAAGGGCUGGCCAUCAGGAAAUUUGGCCAGGAACAGCUCCUUUUCCCAGCAGCAGUUUGCCCACCAGGGGAAUCCCGCAGUGUAUAGUAUGGUACACAUGAAUGGCAGCAGUGGUCACAUGGGACAGAUGAACAUGAACCCCAUGCCCAUGUCUGGCAUGCCUAUGGGCCCUGAUCAGAAAUACUGCUGACAUCUCUGCACCAGGACCUCUUAAGGAGACCACUGUACAAAUGACACUGCACUAGGAUUAUUGGGAAGGAAUCAUUGUUCCAGGCAUCUAUCUUUGAAGAAAGGACCAGCUUUGAGCUCCAUCAAGGGUAUUUUAAGUGAUGUCAUUUGAGCAGGACUGGAUUUUAAGCCGAACAGCAGUAUCUACCUGUUUUUUUUCUCCUCUCCUCCUGCUGUGUAUCAUGGUGUUCAAAACAGAAAUAUUUUUUGGCAUUCCACCUCCUAGGGAUAUAAUUCUGGAGAUAUGGAGUCCUACUGAUCAUAAAACUUUUGUGUCACUUUUUUCUGCCUUGCUAGCCAAAGUCUCUUAAAUACACAUAGGUGGGCCAGAGAACAUUGGACAAAUCAAGAGAGAUUAGAACAUCUGGUUUCUCUAGUUGCAGUAUUGGACAAAGAGCAUAGUCCCAGCCCUCAGGUGUUUUUGUCACUACCAAGUAGUUCUGUGUUGACCCUCUGUCCAGUGGAAUUGGUGAUUCUGAAUUGUCCUUUACUGAUGGUGUUGAGUUGCUCUGUCCCUAUUAUUUGACCUAGGUUUUCUCCUAAUGAAGGUUUUCAUUUGCCGUUCAUGUCCUGUAAUACUUCACCUCCAGGAACUGUCAUGGAUGUCCAAAUGGCUUUGCAGAAGGGAAAUGAGAUGACAGUAUUUAAUUGCAGCAGUAGCAAACUUUUCACAUGCUAAUGUGCAGCUGAGUGCACUUUAUUUAAAAAGUAAUGGAUAAAUGCAAUAUUCUUGAGGUCUUGAGGGAAUAGUGAAACACAUUCCUGGUUUUUGCCUACACUUACGUGUUGGACAAGAACUAUGAUUUUUUUUUUUUUUUUUUUUUUAAAGUACUGGUGUCACCCUUUGCCUAUAUGGUAGAGCAAUAAUGCUUUUUGAAAAUAAACUUCUGAAAACCCAAGGCCAGGUACUGCAUUCUGAAUCAGAAUCUCGCAGUGUUUCUGUGAAUAGACUUUUUUGUAAAUACGACCUUUAAGAUAUUGUAUUAUGUAAAAUAUGUAUAUACCUUUUUUUGUAGGUCACAACAACUCAUUUUUACAGAGUUUGUGAAGCUAAAUAUUUAACACUGUUGAUUGCAGUAAGCUGUGUGUGGAGAGGCUACCAGUGGAAGAGACACCCCUUGACUUCCGUGGCCUGGCGGAGACGUAGUGCUCCCCAGCUUUUCCUUCCCCACCCCCCGGCCUUAGAUGCCUCCUCGCUUUUCAAUCUCUUAAUCUAAAUGCUUUUUAAAGAGAUUAUUUGUUUAGAUGUAGGCAUUUUAAUUUUUUAAAAAUUCCUCUACCAGAACUAAGCACUUUGUUAAUUUGGGGGGAAAAGAAUAGAUAUGGGGAAAUAAACUUAAAAAAAAAAUCAGGAAUUUAAAAAAAUCGAGCAAUUUGAUUGAAGAGAAUCUUUUGGAUUUUAAGCAGUUCGAAAUAAUAGCAAUUCAUGAGUUGUGUGUGUGUGUGUGUGUGUGUGUGUGUGUGUAUGUUCAAUUAUGUUACCUUUUCAUCCCCUUUAGGAGCGUUUUCAGAUUUUGGUUGCUAAGACCUGAAUCCCACAUUGAUCUCGAGUAGAAUCCUUGGUGUGGUUUCUGGUGUCUGCUCAGCUGUCCCCUCAUUAUACUAAUGUGAUGCUUUCAUUAUGUCCCUGUGGAUUAGAAUAGUGUCACUGUUACUCCUUAAGGAACUCAGUACCCAGAACAGCCAGUUUGACUGUGAUUCAGAGCCACAGUCUAACUGAGCACCUUUGAAACUCCUCCCUUUUCUGCCCCCUGCCACUUUCUGCUGUUGCCUCUCUUUGACACCUGUUUUAGUCAGUUGGGAGGAAGGGAAACAUGAAGUUUAAUUCCCUUUAUCUGGGUUACUUCAUUUGGUUCAGAUAGUUGAAGGAAUUGGGUUUCUGAAUGUCUGUGAAUUUCAGAGGUCUCUGCUAGCCUUGGUGUCAUUUUCUAGCAAUAACUGAGAGCCAGGUAAUUUUAAGAAUUUCACACAUUUAGUCAGUCUUUCUAGAUGUCUCUGAAGGUAAGAUCAUUUAAUAUCUUUGAUAUGCUUACAAGUGAAUCCUGAUUAUUUCCAGAUCCACCACUAGAGUGGAUCUUAUUUUCAAAGCAGUAUAGACAAUUAUGAGUUUGCCCUCUUCCCCCCACCAACUUCAAAAUAUAUCUUAAGAUUGUAAAUCUGGAAACUUCCAUUGUAGUGGCCUGUGCUUUUCAGAUAGUAUACUCUCCUGUUUGGAGACAGGUACAACCAAGUCAGUCUGUCUCUGUGUUUUUCAGCUCAACUGUGUCUGAACCUUCUUUAAGUGAUGUGUGUGGGGAGAAACAGAAUGGUGCUCUUACCUUUCUUGACUUUAAAAAAAUUAUUAAAAAAAAAAAAUAAAUUUUUUUGCAAUCCUUUCCUCAGACCUGGCUGCAGGCUAACUGGAAGGCAGCACUCCCUUUUUUAUAUGGUAGAAAAAUGAAGUUUAUUAUAAGUUUUUAUAUUUUCUACUUGUUCAUUUGGUGCAAACUCAAGAUUUUGAUUUUCUUUUAAUAGGUGCAGUCUUUGAGAUAAUUUGUUUUUACCUGUAUUGCCCUUUAUCUUUUUUAGAUAAUUCUUUGUACUCCUGCUACCUCUCCACACCCCAGCACCCCCCCCAUUUUUUCAAACCUUGGUAUCUGUUGGGUGAACAGUAUAAUCUUUUCAUCUGCUUUUAGAAUGUGGGAUAUUUCCAGUACCUACUUUUUUUUUUUUUUUUUUUUUGCUGAAUCCAAAGAUAUAUAAACAAAAUAUAUAUAUUUUAUAAAGAUUAGAAUGAUAUAAAGGAGAUACAUGUUUCUUCCUUUAAAAAAUAAAUGGAAGUUACAUUGUUAAUGUUCGUAUUAUGAUGCCACUUUUCUAAACUGCAUCUGGAUUGAAAGGUGUAAAUAUCAAUAACAGUGCUACUUAGUUAUCAGUAUUUAAUAUCUGAGGUGAGUUGGGGGUAUCUAUAUUAGGGGUAGGGUAUUACAGAAGAUAAUUGGCUUGAUGUCCUAGAAGUUCUUUGAUCCAGAGGUAGGUGCAGCUGAAAGUAAACAGAAUGGAUUGCCAGUUACAUGUAUGCCUGCCCAGUUCCCUUUUUAUUUGCAGAAGCUGUGAGUUUUGUUCACAAUUAGGUUCAUAGGAGCAAAACCUCAAGGACUGAUUUAAUCAGAGGAAUAAGAAUUGUUUUCAACUCCAGGGGCACACUGUUAAUAAACGAGCAGGUGUUUUCUCUCUUCCUUUCUAAUAUAUGGAAUUUUGAAGAAUGAAAUAUGAGAGCAAUAUUUAAAUUCUCAGGAAUUGACUUAUACUCUUGAGAAUGAAUUCAGUUUCAAUCAAGUUUACAUUGUGUUGCUUUAAAAAAAAUAGAAAUUAUUCUUUAUCCUGCAAAGAAUCGAAACCACAUGAAAUGACUUAUGGGGGAUGGUGAGCUGUGACUGCUUUGCUGACCAUUUUGGAUGUCAUUGUAAAUAAAGGUUUCUAUUUAAAAUUGGA